AUUGCAGGCAUCGGCGCCAUCCCACACCCACCCGGUCCAGGCCCGCCCAAUGCCACCGCUGCCAUCCACGGCCGCGGCCACGGCGGCGGCGACGGCACCGCAGCAGCUGGAGUCCCUCCUCCCGCGCCUGGCCACGCUCUCCCACUACAAGCAGUUCCACGCGAGCCUCCUCGCCUCGGGCCACCUCCAUUCCCACCCCUCCCUCCGAGCCCGCUUCCUCGACCGCCUCGCGCUCUCGUCACACCCCGCCGCGCUGCCGCACGCGCUCCUCCUCCUCCGCUCCCUCCCGUCCCCCGCCACUAACGACCUCAACGCCGUGCUACGCGGCCUCGCCGCCUCCCCGCACCCCGCUCGCUCCCUCCUCCUCCUCGCCGGACGCCUCCUCCCCGCUCCGCCCCAGCCGCGCCCCCGCCUUGACGCGCUGUCCCUCUCCUUCGCCCUCAAGGCCACAGCCCGAUGCUCCGAUGCGGCCGCUACGGUCCAGCUCCACGCGCUCCUCAUCCGCCUCGGUGUGGCUGCCGACGUCCGCCUGAUGACCACGCUGCUCGACUCCUACGCAAAGUGCGGCGGCCUCGCGUCCGCGCGUAAGGUGUUUGAUGAAAUGUCCGUACGGGAUGUGGCCACAUGGAAUGCGCUGCUCGCGGGGCUGGCGCAAGGGACGGAGCCGAACCUCGCGCUCAGGCUGUUCCACAGGCUGGCAGGGAGCUUCAGGGGGUUGCCGCCAAGGGAGGAGCCGAAUGAGGUGACCAUUGUUGCGGCGCUUUCUGCUUGUGCGCAGAUUGGAGCAUUACAGGAUGGGUUGGGUGUGCAUGAGUUUGCUCGUACACUUGGCGUGGAAGACAACGUUCGUGUCUGCAAUGCACUUAUUGACAUGUACUCCAAGUGUGGGUCGCUGAGCCGGGCACUAGAAGUGUUCUAUUCCAUCAAGCUAGAAGACCGCACACUUGUGUCCUACAAUGCCACAAUACAGGCACUUUCGAUGCAUGGGCACGGGGCUGAUGCACUGAGGUUGUUUGAUGAAAUGCCGACAUGGAUUGAGCCAGAUGAAGUAACUUACCUUGCCGUCUUAUGUGGAUGCAACCAUGCUGGGCUUGUAGAUGAUGGGCACAGGGUUUUUAAUGCCAUGCGGGUUCCUCCAAAUGUGAAGCACUAUGGCACCAUUGUGGACCUCCUUGGUCGUGCAGGCCGCCUUGCUGAGGCAUAUGACACAGUUAUGUCUAUGCCAUUUCCAGCAGAUAUUGUCCUCUGGCAGACACUUCUUGGUGCUGCCAAAAUGCAUGGGGAUGUUGAGCUCGCAGAGUUGGCUGCGACGAAGCUCGCUGAACUUGGUUCCAACGUUGAUGGUGACUAUGUGCUCCUCUCCAACGUAUAUGCAUCCAAGUCCCGGUGGGCAGAUGUUGAUCGAGUCCGUGACACCAUGCGAAGCAACGAUGUGAGGAAAGUCCCUGGCUUCAGCUACACAGAAAUAGAUGGUGUAAUGCAUAAGUUUAUUAAUGGUGACAAAGAGCACCCGAGGUGGCGGGAAAUAUACAGAGCACUAGAUGACAUUCGGUCAAGAAUUAGUGAGCUGGGAUAUGAGCCGGAAACGAACAAUGUGUUACAUGACAUUGGGGAGGAGGAGAAGCAGUAUGCAUUGUGCUACCAUAGCGAGAAGCUGGCAAUUGCAUUUGGGUUAAUUGCUACACCACCUGGGGAGACCCUUCGAGUGAUCAAGAAUCUCCGAAUCUGUGGGGACUGUCAUGUGGUGGCAAAACUUAUCUCUAAAGCCUAUGGUCGGGUGAUCAUCAUUCGAGAUAGGGCGAGGUUCCACCGAUUUGAAGACGGACAGUGUUCCUGCAGCGAUUACUGGUAAAAUGCUGGCACACUGAGUCUUCUACAGACCUAUCAUAUGGGGCCACAUCAUUUCAAGUCUGAAGCGUGGAUUACGAUGGAUACGAGCCAAGCUCUGAAUCUUGACCAUGUGACUAGUCAGGCUCACCACAUCAAAAGGGUUUGAACAGAUUUAAGCCCAUCUUACUUGCACAAACUCCUGGGAUCUGUCAUUUUGAGAAGCAUUUUGGAAGUGAAACCCAUAAUCUUUGCACUAGCUUGGAAUCAAAGUUUCCCAAUUACUGCUAACAAGAUGUUCUUUUAGGAUCGCAAUCACAGCUGUACAGAGAUAUCCUAUGAUUAGGGAAUAAAAUAAUAUCUCUAACAUGCCUGUGGUUCACAGCCCUACAAGGUGUGUGAUAACAAAAAAUUAUUGCGUCUAGAACUGUAUCAUUUUUUCACAUAUAUUAGAUAAACUAUUACAAUAAAGGAGGUCAACGCUUCUAACC